AUGUUCGGCACUUUUCGAUACAACACAGACACAAAGGACGUUGAGCACGUUAAGCUAGGGAGGGUUGAUGGGUUUGAGGCUCGGGGCUACACCAGGAAGGCAUGCAAUUCUUGCCGUACUCGAAAGGUGAAUACUCCUAUUCAUCGGCUAACAUCAUACGCUGAUAAAGCCUCUAUAAUACAGCUUAAGUGCAGUGGCGACAAGAACGGCUGCGAAAGAUGCCGCGCUGUGCCCAAACCUUGUACCUACCCAUCGAACGCAGACAACUCUGCAGAUAAGCUUCGCCGGCAGUCCACGCAGUCGUCCAGAGGUUCGGCCGCCGUGCUAUCACCAGACGCUAGUUUCGAGAAAGAGAAUACUUCAAGGCCAAAUUCACAUGAACAGCCAGAAGUGGAAACUGCAGACGUGGAUGCCGUAGGCUCUGGGACGCCCGUUCCAACUCCAUCUGCGACAUCCGCGGACCUUUCAUGGACGUUAUCACCUAUACCAGGGGUGACAGAUUUGCUUUGGGACUUUCCUAGUAGUGUAAACCAGCACAUCGUGGACGACGGCCAAGAGUCACCUACUGCGGAUAAACAGCCUCGUACACCAGCUUCCGUCUUCUGCGCCUUACCCCCGCAAGGAAAACGUCCGCAAACCCCGAUUGGCAACAUGGAAGUCGAUAAUAACAUAGCUGACAUUUUGUACGACUUGGAAUCAAGCCAAUCGAGCAGUCAGCACUUGCAUCUAUCGGAUCAGUCCUUGAUUUCGUCCGCUUCAGUGUCGGCCUCCAGGAUGCUCAACCCGAACCAGUCGUCCUUGACAAUGUCACAACAAGGUAACGCCGGCUUUUCAGUACAUGAUGUGCAGCAGUAUCAAACAGAGGGCUUGCAAAGAGGCGCCCAACCUUGGGAGUCGGUCCUAAACUUAGCUUCGACAGUAGAACCGCCUGUACCUCGCUCUCAUACGUCACAGACGCACAGCUCAUCCGCCAAUGCCCUUGCCACACCGAAUAUGGCUUCUUUAUUUCCGACAUCGGGACUUGCUUCGUUUUCUAGGAGCACCAGUGCUCGCACCCGCGAGCAAUCAAGAAAUUAUGCAUCAGAAAGAUCGUGUCAGUGCGUCCCUAUGAUGCUAAAGACACUGGAGAACAUGGGCUCCCGAGGUCUUGGUACUGAUGCUCGGGACUCAGGUGCAGACCUCGACAUUAUUCUCAUGUCACUCGCUCGCGGCAUGGAUACGACCGAACAGGUCCUUGUCUGCCGGCAAUGUAAUGCCUGCAUUGACAAUGGUAUGCUUCUUGCCACAAUUGCACAGCGGCUCGGUACCAUGGCAGAGACUGUUACCACAUGUCUGCCUUCGCAGGAACGGUUCCACGGAUCCAGCCCUGAGAGCCGACAAUUAUCGGACCUGAGAGCAAUGGAGACUGGCGGACCUGCCCUUCACUCAUCAAGCAACGACGACCCGGCCUUUGAUACAUCCGGACUCCUGGGAGUUGCUAUCUUCCUUGGGCGUUACGAGAUUGACGCCCCAGAAAUACGGUCACGGCUUGUUCAUCAUGCCGUGCUUCUACACAUUAAUCAACUAUGUGCAAUUCUGGCUCACAUCAAGGAUCGAGUAAGUUGGAAUUGGGGAGCCCGGAAGCUUGUGAUCAAUAUAGAAUCAAGAGUUAGAGAAUCGUGGGAUAAGAUUCAGUCGAAGAUAUCGCACCAACAAUAG